CUAAGUGCCACAUUGGCUGAGGAUGGGUGGCCAUGUGCGACCAACAAACAGGCCAUUCAUUGCCAUUGCCUUCAAAAGAGCAAACAGACACACACUCAUGUCUAACAUUACUGGUGCACAUUUAGUUGAGUGAUUUCAACGACACCAAACCGUCCGCGCGUGUCAACGUCCCGACUCGAUUCCAACGAGAUUCCGAGUUUCCUCUCUUCAGCUAUUGCCGAUUCACGACCCGACCUAGACCCAAACCUAGUAGUCAUCGCUGUCGCACCGCGCGACUCGCCAAAUUGCCCCUCGUUCUUCCCCAAUCCUACAGUUACUCGCCAUGACCACGCCUCCGAACGAAUACCAGGACUUUUGCAUGGCCAUGUCGCUACAAUGAAAUUCGGUCACUCGUUCAAGGAGGCCCUGCAAGGGGAGAGCUACCCUCAGCAUUGGGUAGACAAAGCCAUUCCGUACGGUCAGCUCAAGAAGCUCCUGGGCAAGGUGCGAGAAGAACUUACUCGCAACGGCUAUGACCCCGAUACUCUUCACAGGCUCUUGGCCGAUCACAACGCAGAGUACAGGCUAAGGGUAGAGAAUUCCCACAUCCUCCGCCCCAAACUGGUAGUCCGCCCCUCGGCCAGUACCAUUUGUCUACGAUCCGAUACGGUUCCGAAGCUCCUCACGGGAGGAGAGCUCAGCACGCCCGCCAGCGCACCUCCCAAGUCGUCGUCUGUACUGCUGGGAAAUCCCACCUUGUCACCCCCGAGUCUGGCGCAAGCCCAGGAUGCUGGAUGGGUUGAUAUUCCUCUGGACUCAGACGCAAAGUUCUUCAACAUCCUACAAACAGAUGUGGUCGAGCUAGACUCGCUGCAAACCCAAGAGCGUCAAUCUAUGAAUGACGGUAUACAGCUGCUUGGCGAUGAGAUUGCACGUCUGGCUCGGCCCCGCAAGGGAGUCAUUCAUAUAGCAAAAUCUGACCUCUACCGUUGGCGUGAGAUUUUUGAACUCUACCUGGCCGCCCAGGUAUUCUUCUCGACUGCCGAGACAGCCACGGGUCCGCGUGAUAGUGAGAAGGCGCGGAAGCAGCUUGUUUGGUUCCAGGAUGAGGUCAACAAACGACAGCUUUUACAAAAAUUCAAACUCAAGGCUAGCGCGGAAGCUUACACACAUUUCCUCGAACUCAACGCAACCCUCCUGAAAAAUUUCAAGUUCCAAGAGCUUAACCGAACAGCGGUUACCAAAAUCAUCAAGAAAUUCGAUAAACAGACGUCAUUGGGUGUGAAGGCAGAGUUCCCAAAAGCCAUGAGCUCUGCCCCCUUCAUCGUUGGGAGUAUUGCCAAAGACAUCUGCUCACAGAUGGCUUGCGAAGUGCUCAGCCGUGUUCCCCAAAUUGUGGAUUACACAUGCACAAUCUGUACGCAUGCCGGCAGGUCUACGUCAAAAUUUAGACCCCGCCCACCCCCACAGCCUUGCGUGGUGGUAUAUCCAAGCUGAUAAUGAUGGAUGUUGUAGGUUACUCGAUCUGCUGGCUCCCCGUGCGACUGGACUGUGACCACAUGUUUUGCAUCCGGUGCAUGAUCAAGAUGCAAACCCGGGAAAAAGAGCUGUGCCCCCUCUGUCGGGCCAAAACCGUGCUAUCUGCGACUGAAGGUAAUGAUGAAUUCCAACAUGGCUCGAUAAGCAGUAUUGAGCACGUAUAGCUAACAUGCGUCGCCUUUGCCAACUACAGCCCACAUCGACUGGAAAUUGA